UCGAAAUAUAUUUUUAACAAUUAGAACUAAAAUGGUUGUACGAAUUAUAAUUGCUGGAGAGUCGCAGUGUAUUAUAUUUGCGGAAGUUUGUUUAGUAGCUGACCAUCUCAAAAAAAAUCUACCAAACUUUUGUUAUGAACGUAUAGAAAAACCUAUAUUGGAAUGGAACAUGUGGUUGUGCAAGAUAAAUCAAAAAAAUAAAUGGCAUCAUAAAGGAUCCCCUUUGAUCUGGAAAGAGUUGUUUUCUAAAGGUAGUAAACCACACUAUAUAGGUGGAUCUUCAGAAUUUCUUGAUUACUGUCAUUCUUAUUAUAAAUUUGAUGUUUUGCUUGCUUCGGAAAAAAUUGAAACCUUAAUAAAGAGUUAUAAAUCAUAUCAGACAAAAUUAAAAAGUGAUAGAAAGAGUGUUAAGCGUAUUUUAGAGACCACAGAAGAAAUUAGAGAGCAGCCUAAAACAAAUUUUGUGGUAUGUAUAUCAGGGGCUAGAUAUCCUUUAACUAUGCAUUUAAUAUCAGGACUAUUAGAUAUGUCUCAAGGAGAAAAAACUAUUUAUAAAAUUUAUAUAUACGAUGAAGAAUGUACUAAAGGUUUUAUGGAAUUCAUAGAGCAAGAAUGCAGUUACAUUAGUACUAAUCAUCCUGGAAAAGUUGUUAAAUACAUAGAAAAAGUUGGCGUAGCUUUAACUCAUUCGGAUUUAUUUAUCAUUUUGGAUCAUGUACCAUUUCAGGUAGAAUCGUCUAUUGGAGAUUGGAUUCAAGCCAAUAAGAAACUAAUGGAAAAUAUGGCAUUGAAAAUAAACGCUUCUGCUUCACAAAAAAUGUGCAUUCUUCUACCUAAUUUAGGUCCAGCGUGUUAUAAUGCUACAGUUUUAAUGAAUUCAGUUACUUAUAUAAAUAAAAACAAUAUUGUUGUGGCAACAUCUGACCUUGGAUUGGAAAUAUCAUCAAUACUAGCAGAAAUAGCUGAAGUUUCAAUGAGAACUAUUUUUUGUCCACCCGUUUGGGGAUUUGUGGGUAUUAACCAUUUAGUGGAUAUUAGAACAACUGUUCAUAAGUAUGACUCUUUUACACCAUACGAUAGAUAUAUAAAAGUAAAGAAAUCUAGUUUGACCAUCGGUUCGCUUACACCAGAAAUGCGCACAAUGCAAUAUUUGGUGCAUUUUGAUAAGUCUCUAUGGAUAAAACACGUUGAAAAAAAGGCAAAAAUGACGGAAGAUAAAAUUUCUAUAAAUAAAGCCAUAUCUGUUUUGGAACUAAUUAAAUUAUGGCUAUUUAAUAGCAAUGAUUCUUGUAUCAUUAAUUUAGGUAUUCGAUGUAAUGGUUCAUUUGGUUUAACAUUUAGUGGUGCAUUUUCACAACCUGCUCACUUUGUAAAUGGAGAAUGGACUCCAGCAUCUAAUUACAUAUUACCCAAAGAUCCGCAAAUGAACAUAAAAUAUUUACAGCAAAUGGCCGAAAUUGUGAUGAAAAUGAAUAAAAAUGAAUUACCUAAACUUAUUCCAUAUUUUCCAUGCACUUGUAAGAAAAAAUAUUAUAAGAAAAAAGGAGUUUGGUAGUACUUUAAAAGAGAAGUACAAAAAAAUUUAGAGAGAAUGUUAAAAAGAAGAACAUUGCUUAUACUUAAAUACAACAUUAAUUAAAUGAAUAUCUUGCAAAUAUUAAGUUGAUCUGUGGAUAAAUUUUUCAAUAAGUAUCGUAACAUCAUGUCCUCAAAUUACACAGGAGUAAUUUUUAACUGUCCAAAGUUUGUUAUGAUUAAAGUAUGAUGUGAUGUAAUA